CGCAGCGGGCCCCGCCCUGUGCCGGCCGGCAGGAAGCCGCAGAAGGCUCUGGAGCGGAGCCCGCGGCGCAUGGCCGGGGCUGGCUGCUCUCCGUGCUCCAUGGCCCCCGCGGCCCGGGUCUCCGAGCUGCGCCGCGCCGGGAACGAGCAGUUCCGCAACGGCCAGUAUUGUCAGGCGGCCGCGCUCUACAGCCAGGCGCUGGGGCUGCUGGAGGCGGCAGGGGAGAAGAAUGCUGAGGAAGUGAGUGUCCUCUAUUCAAAUCGAGCUGCCUGCCACUUGAAGGAUGGAAAUUGUAGCCUCUGUGUUAAGGACUGUUCAGUUGCUCUGGACCUGGUCCCUUUUGGAAUCAAACCCCUACUGAGGCGGGCAGCAGCCUAUGAGGCUCUGGAGAGAUACCAGUUGGCCUAUGUGGACUACAAGACUGUAUUACAGGUUGAUUGCACUGUACAGGCUGCACACGAUGGUGUCAACAGAAUGACAAAAGCCCUGUUGGAGAAGGAUGGCCUUGAGUGGCGCCAGAAGCUCCCACCAAUCCCUUCAGUUCCUGUUUCUGCUCAGCGAAGAUGGGACUUUCCUCCUGCAGGAAGCCAGGCGGCUGCCCCAAGACACAAACCAUAUGAAACUGCAUCUCUAGAAAAACAAGUGCCUACUGCUGCUAUGAUUGAAAGAGCAAAAAUUUUGAAGCAAGAAGGAAAUGAACUUGUGAAGAAAGGGAACCAUAAAAAAGCUAUUGAAAAGUACAGCGAGAGUCUAAAACUCAGUAACCAGGAAUGCACAACUUACACCAACAGAGCGCUUUGUUACCUGUCUCUGAAGCAGUACAAGGAAGCAAUACAAGACUGCACAGAAGCUCUGGAGUUAGAUGCUAAAAAUAUUAAGGCGUUUUACAGACGUGCUCAAGCAUUUAAAGAACUAAAGGAUUACAAAUCAAGCAUGGCUGACAUUAAUAGUCUUCUGAAAAUUGAACCAAAGAACAUAGCUGCACAGAAACUACUGCAAGAAUUGAACAAGAACUUAAAAUAAAAAGGAGCAUGAAAUCUGUCUGCUCUUUACUGCAGAAGACAGGCUUUCCUUUUAAUACUGAUACAGGGGCCCAACACUGUAGGGCCAGCUCUGAAAUCUACCAUCCUGAUUUGCCGAGUAGUAGCUAGUUCUCUACUGCUUAAUUACACAUACAUCAAUAUGUACCAUCUAUAUCAAAACUGGUAUCUCCUUGUAAGAUCUUUAUAAAUUUUAAAUGACCCUGUUUUUGAGAAACAUUCAGGUUAAUUUCCUUGGUAUAAGGUAAUUUUGUAAACUCAUUAUUUAUUUAAGUUAAUCUGUCUGCCAAGAUGGGUGUGGGGGCUAGGGCUCCUCUUCUGGCUGGGGCAUGUCUUCAAGAGCAGUAAACUGAGUUUAUGGUAAUAUGUGCUCAGAGUGGAGAGAAGCAGAUCUGCUGUGUAUACUGCUUCUGCUUGCUUAAACAAGCCACUUACAAGGGCUGCUGCAUGAGAAGUUAAAGGCAGGGUUUCCCUAGCACAGUUCCAGACUCUCUUUUAAAUAUGAGGUGAGACCUCAACAAGAAUAAAUGACUCAGGUGUUCCCUGUCUUAGCUGGUGCCUUCUGGCCCAAAGCUGCUUUUGUUUAGAGUAACUGUUUGGAAGCUUGCAGCUGCUUCAACAUAGCUCUUAUCCCUCACAAAAACAGGCACCAAGUCUUUAAUUUAAAACUGCCUUGGUACUGUAUUUGUGAGCUAUCUUCACUGCACUUGAAGUUUGGGUCCUAGCAGCUUUGAACCUUUACAACUUCUAUCUAAAUGUUUUAGCUUCUGUUUGUGUCUUGAUGGCCAGCUGCUGUUACUGCUGGUACAGGGAAGAGGGUGUACGAUGGUAUCCAACAUGAGGCCUCUGACGUGAAGAACUAUCUUCCUCUAUUAGACUUAUGAGCAUGUUAUACUCUGAUUCUUCCCCAUCUAGUAGUGGUAAUGAGUUACUUUUAAUCUUGAGAUCUAAAUAGAUAACAGGAUGACUUGUUUGGCAAAGCUACUGUAUGAACAAUGCAACUUCUAUUAAAAGCCAGCAUAUGUUACA